UGCCCGAGUCCUCCGGCCGUCGGUCCUCCGAACGCGCGGCGGUGCCGUGCUUAGGCCCUGACGGACGAAUCUCGGGUCGGGAGCUGGUGUUUAUUGUUGGGUAGCCGGGGAAUUGACGCUUUUUUCGUGACAGGGCGCACAUGGCGUCGGCGUCACAACCGCAACAGCAGCAACAACAGCCGCAGCAGCCGGGCUUGACAGUGGACCAGGCGAAAGUGAUUCUGGCUGAAGUGAUCAAGGCCUUCAGCUUGCCGGAGAACGCGAUGAGGAUGGAAGAAGCCCGAGACAAUGCCUGCAAUGACAUGGGCAAGAUGCUGCAGUUCGUGUUGCCCGUGGCAACCCAGAUCCAGCAAGAGGUCAUUAAAUCGUAUGGAUUCAGCAAUGAUGGGGAAGGUGUGUUGAAGUUCGCUCGCAUCGUCAAGGCCUACGAAGGGCAGGACCCCGAGGUUGCAGCCAUGUCCGGGAAGCUCAAGUCUAUGUUCCUGCCUCCAAUGACUGCCCCCCCACACAGCUCCAGCAUCCCCUCCUCGUAGUCUGCUGAAUUGGGGCGCUGGGAGCCUCGCAGGGCCAGGGAUACCAGUCUAGGCCUCAUAGGCCCACCCCCAGUGCCACAGGACUGCAGACAAUUGACACUGAUCCCUCCACAGAAUCAUCUCCUCAAGUUGCUCUUGAUUCUACUUACAGCAUUUUUUCCCCUUAUGUCAGGAGCCUCAACGUGCUUUAAUCUUCAGGCUGGAGUGGAUAGUAGAUAUCCCUAGAGGAGUACUGUAAGGCAACAGUGAAAGACUGUUCUGUCCCGUGUGUGAAACACACAAGCCAGACAAUCUUAAGAACCACUCGCGUGGGUAGACAAAGAGGCCGCAAAAGAGUAGGGGAUUGCUAUGCGCUACCUUCUGGGCAACACACACAAAAUGUUGGAGGAACUCAGUAAGUCAGGCAGCAUCUAUGGAAGGGUUAUAAACAGUCAGUGUUUCAGGCCGAGAACCUUCUUCAGGACUGAGUGAAGGUGCCAGCUGCUGUCGUUCAUCCUGACAAGUGGAGAGUUUUUAUUACAGUCAUACCCUGACAGUGUGGUUCAGUUCUCGUGUGCUUUCUUCUGCUGUGGGGUGCAACACUUCUCCAGCCCCCUCAAGCCGUGUCCUUUUCAUUGUACCAAUAUGUAUCCGGUGAGGGGAAUACUUGUUCUACCUUUCCUGGGUCAGAGGUUGCUGCUGAGUUUGUCUGCUGUCGAUGCUCCCUGUAGGGUGGGGGUGGUGGUGAGGAUUGUAAUUUUAACCUGAUAACUGGGUGGAUUCUUGUGGGAUUGGGGGCAUAGACUGGUUCCCCAUCCCGUUUAAUUUCAGGAGAUAGGUCCAGUUCCCGAAGAGUUGGGGGAAAUGCUUGCAGUUGGGACACCAAACCGUCCCAGCUCUCCCAAAAACUGACCCAGAUUGGAGAAAGUGCUGUGGAGGAACAAUGCAAGCAUUCAGUAUCCCAUCCAGCCCAGCCCCAUGUCCUGAAUAUGUUCACCAGGUCAAUGUCUCAUCCUUCACUGCUGAGUGAUCACAUCAGCUAUCUGGUGCUGUUGGGAAACAAAGUGUCCCUUAGUGAAUGUAAAUUGGAUGUUUGAAGUAAUGAUCAUCUGGGGUAGUGAAGGUUCAGUCAAAACCUGACUUGGGAAGGCACCUCUCUCCUCUUCAUUCCUGCAUCCAAUCCCUGAAGCUCCUGACCUAACAACUUCUGGGAGUGCCCUCAGCUCAAGACCACAAGCGAUCAAGAAGGUGACUUGUCACAACCCUCUGAAUGGGCACUAAAUGUUGGGCUUGCCCAAAGAAGGAACAUUUAAAAAGAAAAAAAUAUUUGUCCUACAUGAGAAGCCAAGGGCUCGAGGUGAGACCAGCACGUAAUAUGCACUACCUGAACCAACUUCAGAAAUAACUUUCAAAAGGGAUCUGGACUUGGCUGGGAAGUUUUUUGGGAAUAAUGGGCACUGUGAUCAAAUGCUCUGGGAAUGCACACCUUGGGGUGACUUCCUGUCCUGAAUCUGUCUGUGCUUUUCAUUCUUGCUCCUGGCAUUCUGUGGUUUUAUCUUUAGCAUGAUCACAAGCCAUUGUCCUGUACCUGAAGAUAUCAUGUUGUGUACACAAUAAAGUGUGAUAAUGUGA